GCAAAAUUUUUCAAAUCUACUUAUUAAUGUAUUUUUACUAAUUAAUUAUGAUUCUGUUUUUGGUUUUAACUAGCUAUAAUUUUUAAUAUGUGUAUUAUAUGUGUAAUCUAAUAAUUUUAUCUACACUGAAUAUUCUUUUAUUAUGUGUUAGAUUGAAGUGUUUGGUGUAUCACAUGUUUCUAAUUUAAAUUUAAGAAUAGUAAAACAUUUUAAAUGGAUCCUUCAUCAGCUUCAAGUUUGCCUGAUCUAAAUUGUGAUAGUAGUAAUUACAAAUACGUUGAUGAUGUAUGUAUUUACACAGAUCCUAAUUCUAAAAAAGAAUAUAUCUGGGAUAAAGAAAAAAAGUCAUGGAUAGAAAAAGGAUUUGAAAAUUAUGAAUAUGAUGAUAUUCUUAAAACAUAUACUUAUACUGAAAAAGAAUCUGGUAAAACAUAUAUAUGGAAUUUAAAAAAUAAUAACUGGGAGGUAAAGAAUAAAGAAAAUAUUAGUCUAGUUGAAGAAAGAGCCGACGAUAAUUUUGAUGAAGAAUUUGAUGAAGAUGAUGAUACUGAAAAAGAAAAAAAAAAGAAAACUGUCAAACGCCAAGAUAUGACUAAAGGAGAAUAUGGACAUGAUGGUUAUACACAAACUUAUACUGACCCAGCUGAUGGCACCAUUUAUUUAUGGGAUAAAGAAAAAAAUGCUUGGUUUCCUAAGAUAGAUGAAGACUUUUUAGUCCAUUAUCAACUUAGUUAUGGUUUUGGUGUAACCAACACUGAUCUUAAAAAUGAGUCACUUGUCAACAAGUCAAAAUCUUCAAGUUUAGAAAAUCAAGAAAUUUCAAAAUUAAACACUAAUGAUGAAAAAUUUGAAACAGAAAAAGUUGAAACUGAAAAAAGAAAAUUACCUCAAUCAUCUGAACCAAAUUGGUUUGACAUUGAUGAAGAACAUAAUACAAAAGUAUAUGUUUCAAAUUUGCCUCUUGAUAUUACUGAACAAGAAUUUAUUGAUUUAAUGCAAAAGUGUGGUUUAAUUAUGAAAGAUAUUGAUACUGGAAGAAUGAAAGUUAAACUAUAUACUGAACGUGGUACUGACAUUCUUAAAGGUGAUGCUCUAUGUACUUAUAUCAAGAGAGAAUCUGUCGAUUUAGCGUUAAAAUUGCUUGAUGGUUACAAACUACGUGAUAAAGAAAUUCAUGUUGAAAUCGCAAAAUUUACCAUGCGCGGUGAAAAAUAUGAUCCUUCAUUAAAGCCAAAGAAGAAGAAACGCAAAGACAAAGAAAAAAUAAAAAAAAUUCAAGAAAAAUUAUUUGAUUGGAGACCAGAUAAAAUGAUAGGAGAAAGAGGAAAACAUGAAAAUAUAGUCAUAGUAAAAAAUUUGUUUGAAAAAGAAACAUUUGAUAAUGACAUAUCACUUCUAUUGGAGUAUCAAAAAGAUUUGAGAGAAGAAUGCUCAAAAUGUGGUGUUGUUAAAAAAGUAAUUGUAUAUGAUAGACAUCACGAUGGAGUUGCUCAAAUCAAUUUUAAAGAACCUGAUGCUGCUGAUGCUUGUGUUCAGUUAUUAAAUAAUCGUUGGUUUGGACAAAGAAAAAUAACAGCUGAGAUAUGGGAUGGAAAAACUAAAUACAAAGUUAUUGAAACUGCUGAGGAGACUGAAGAUCGUUUAAAGAAAUGGGAAGCAUAUUUACUUGCAACAGGCAAUAAUGAAACAAAUGAUGCUCAUGAAUCAGACAAUGAUUCAGUCAAAACAAAAAGUGGGGGAGAAAGUGAUGAUGAAAUGCCAGCUCAACAAUAUUCUACAAAUUCUGUAAGUGGAUUUGUAUCAAAUGUUAAUGAAAAUUCAUCACCAGCAGCACUCCAAUUAGUUAAAGCUGGGGUUAUACCCAAAUACAUUUUAAAUGCAUACUGUAAUUUAUUAGAUAUAAAAUACUGUACUGUAAAUAUAGAUAAAAAAUUAAAGUCGUUCGACAUAAUUUUUUAUUUCAAAAUGAAUGAUUCUGACAAUUAUAAGUCUUAUUUAAAACGAACAGUUUAUAUUGGUGGUUUAGCUGAAGAAGUAGAUGACAAAGUAUUAAGAUCUGCAUUUAUUCCUUUUGGUGAUAUUGUCGAUGUACAAAUUCCAUUAGAUUAUGAAUCUGAAAAACAUCGUGGAUUUGCAUUUGUUGAAUUCGAACAACCAGAAGAUGCACUUGAUGCCAUUGAUAAUAUGAAUGAGUCAGAAAUUUUUGGUCGUACAAUAAGAGUUAAUUUAGCAAAACCUCAAAAAAUAAAUAGAGGUUCAACUAGACCUGUAUGGUCUGAAGAUGAUUGGUUGGUUCAAUAUGCUGGUAAAACCUUGGAAGAUAAAGAAGAUAAGAAUUCUGAAAAUGACACGAGUAAAGAUGAAGUGAAAAAUCCUCAAGUUUAUUUAGAUAUUAAGAUAGGUAAAAAAGAUGCAGGCCGAAUUAUUAUAAUGUUAAGAGCAGACAUUGUACCACGAACAGCAGAAAAUUUUCGUUGUUUAUGUACCCAUGAAAAAGGAUUCGGUUUUCAGAAUACUACAUUUCAUCGUAUUAUACCAAAUUUUAUGUGCCAAGGUGGUGAUAUUACAAAUAACAAUGGUACUGGUGGACUUUCUAUUUACGGGAAAAAAUUUGAUGAUGAAAAUUUUGAAUUAAAACAUAUAGGACCAGGAGUAUUGUCUAUGGCAAAUUCUGGUCCAAAUACAAAUAGUUCACAGUUUUUCAUUUGUACAGCUCGUACAGAAUGGUUAGAUAAUAAGCAUGUGGUAUUUGGUCAUGUAUUAAGCGGUAUAGAUGUUAUGAAAAAAAUUGAAAAAUGUGGUACUAAAGCUGGUUUACCUACAGAAAAAGUAAUAAUUGGUUCCUGUGGUCAAUUAGCAUAAUGACCUUUUUUUCAUUGAUAUUUUUUUAUCCAACAAAUUCUGCAUUCUGAAACUUUUAUAUGUAAUCUAUUUAAAAUAUAAACUUCUAUAGAUUUAAUUUGAACAUUUAAUAAUAAUAAUAAAAAAAAAAAAAUGUA